AUGUCGCUCAAGAUUUUGGGACAUAAUCCAUCACAAAGGAGUAUAGCAGCAGAUUUUCAGGUUGCACAGUGGACGGUGACAACAAAAUUUAAUGAUGUUCUUAAUGCCCUUUGUUGCUUGCAUUCAGACAUUGUUUCAUGGAAAAGAGAAGAGCUUGAUGAUAUACACCCACGAAUCAUGCAUGAUAGGAGGUAUUUUCCAUAUUUUCGAGAUUGUAUUGGAGCUAUAGAUGGUACGCAUGUACGUGUUCGUGUUGGUGGCAAUCAAAAGAUCACCUACUGGAAUCAUCAUAACUACACAUCAAUGAAUAUUUUGGCAGUGUGUGAUUUCAAUAUGAGGUUUAUAUACACACGUAUUGGAGUCCCGGGACGCGCACACGACUCUAAGAUAUUGACAUAUUGUGCACGUCAUGAUAAUUUUUUUCCAUUUCCAAAUUCAGAGAAGUAUUUUCUAGUGGAUUCCGGCUAUCCUAAUCGGCGGGGGUUUUUGGCUCCAUAUCGAGGUGAAGCAUACCAUCCAAAUCAUUUUGCUGGACAUAGACCGACCACGUUGAGAGAGACAUUCAACAAGAGGCAUUCUUCGCUUCGAUCAGUAAUUGAAAGAACAUUUGGAGUGUGGAAGGGAAAAUGGUCUAUUUUAGAAGGUCGGGUUCGUUAUGAUGUGAAGAUGCAGGAGAAGAUAGUUGCUGCAACUAUGGCAUUGCAUAAUUUUAUUCGAGAUUCUAAUGAAGCUGACAGAGACUUUAAUACUGCAGAAAAAACCGAGAACUAUGAUGCUGAUCCAGACGGAAACACAUCUCCAUCUCGUGAAGAUAACGUACUCAAUCGAAAUUAUGAUCCAACAGCUGAUGAAUAUAUGUCGACAGUUAGAGAUGGCAUAUCAAGAGAGAUAUGGGAUGAUCGUUAG